AUGGCUCACCAACCUCACCGGAGAAAUUCCCUUGGAGGGUUCUCUGAAAGUUUCAACGUGUCCUGCAGUCAACCAACCUCACCAGAGAAAUUUAGGAGUCUCCUCAACAUCAUAAAGAAUAGCGUCAUUAAUGCUGGCUUUCCAAACUGGAGAACCCUCCGUGGACUUUCAAAGGACGAUGUCGAAGAAUGUUUCUUUGAAUUGAAUGCAAGUGAAAACUACAGAUCCUACGCUGCAGAGCAAGAAGAUGUGAACAUUUUAUUUCGGAGAAGCUCAUCAAUCAUCCAGGAGAUCCGGGAAGUGCUUGGAACUGAGGAUAGAGAAACGCUGGUGGAUUUUUAUAUCGACUUCAUGGCUGAUAAAAUGGUUCACAUGAUCUUUGGGUCUAAUAUGCAGGAAAAAGCUGGAAUGGGACUCGAAGAAACCAUCAAAUUGUGUCGUCAGAUAUUCGAGGGGAAGGAAAUUGAUGCCGGAGACGUCGAUCCAAAAUCACCAGAAUACGAAGCGCAACUCAAACUCCUAGUUCAGCAUGGAGUUGAGAAUCCUGAUCUCAAGCAUGUCGUCCAAUCAAGAAGAGAAGUCAUUCAGCAUGCCCAAGCACUAAUGCAUAUCACCGACGCAGCUCUCAACAGUGAUGAGCCUCUCACAGAAAAGCUAAUCUGCGACACUCACCGCAUCCUAUGUCAAGGGAUACCUCUUGGGGGAGGCAGUGACAACGAUGGGAACUAUGCUGGGGUCUAUCGAAAUACCAUGGCUAUGGCAGGAAGUACACUUUUCACCGCACCAGAGAACGUUCCUGCCGCUAUGCAGCGUUUGAUUGCCGAUUUUAACGGCGAUAUUCGAGAUAGAGAAAUUAACAAGAAUCUGGACCCCUUCUAUCUUGCAGCUGACAUCUGUCAAGACUUCGUCACUAUACACCCCUUCAAAGAUGGAAACGGCCGCAUGUGCCGACUUAUUGCCAAUGCCUUCUUGAUCAAGUAUGCAGGCAUAGUUAUCAGCAUCGGAGAGCAUGACGAGGAGAGAAAGCAGUAUUUGGCAAUUGCGGAGAUGGCAGGAGAUGGAGAGACUGAGGAGGAAGCUAGAGAGACAUUGGCGGGAUUUUUUCUUGAGAGGGCUGAAGGCACACUUCGGAAAUUGAAGGAAAUACUUACGUCUUCCAGACACUAG